UAUUAAUAGAAAACUAGAAACUUUUCUACAAAUAAUUACAUUUGAUACAAUGGAAUUGACUGAUUUACUUUACGAUUGUUUAUCGUGUAUAUUUGAUUGUAUUCCUGAUCUUAAACUACUUUUGGAUCUGUCAACAGUUUGUAAACAAUGGAACAUUUUGGCGAAACGAAGACUGAACAAAAUUCGACAUUUACAUGCACAGCAAGAUAUCGAUUCUAACCUUUCAGCAUCUCCCAACCAUCUUUAUACGAACGAUGUCGAAUUGAUGGAGAGAGUAAAUGUCUCGAAAAUCUUCCCCAAUCUCAAGUUUUUCUCCAAAUGUUAUACUCUCGAAAAAAUGUGUACCUGCAAAAUGUUGGUCAAUGUUUUGUCAACUUCAAAACCGUUGAUUGGACUCAUUUGUGAAGCGCCAUGUCUUUUCUCAAGUCCAGAGCAUCUUGGCUCUCGCUGCCACGUUGAUGUCGAUGAGAUUGUUAAACAUUGUGGGAGCCUCGAGUACCUGGUUACAUUGUAUCGACCUUUUCUUCGUAGUUAUUUCUUAAAAUACAAAUUCGGCCGAAAUUUGAAAUAUUUCGAAGGUUCGAUUGAAGGUAGCGAAUAUGAGGAAGAUAGAGAUUAUAAUUUCAUAUUCAAAGAAAUGUAUCUAAUAUGUUAUUACUUGCAUCAAAUGCCAAAUCUGGAAGUUCUGCAUAUGAAAGAGCCGCCAUGUAAUCUUCAAAUGAUUUUGUAA